AUGAAAGUCAUCUUCAUUGUAGCAGCAAUUUGUGUUAUGGUAUUGCCUUCCAAUGCCACUGUAUUGCCAUGGAGUUCCAAUGCACCCUCCUCAAACUUCCCUUAUCCUUAUUCUCAUCACUCGCCUGCAUAUGGGUCCCAUGGCAGCUCACACCACAGAGGACCAGUGUGUGGAGUUUUGAAUGGAUUUUAUAAAACCUUCUAUAAUUUACAAGAAUUUUUGGAUUACAACAAGAAUGGUUAUUCUUUUACAUUUUACUGUACUGGUCCGUGUCCCACCAUUCCAAGUGUUUGCUCCACAGCCUAUGAGCCAAUUUGUGCUACAAAUUUGUUCGAAACCAAGACUUUUAGCAGUCCUUGUGCCAUGGCUGAAGAAAGUUACAGAACCGGAACAUCUUGGAUACAAAUCGUAAGCGGUGCAUGCCCUGGUUUAAAUACUGAGCAGACAUCUACAAAGGCACCUGUGGUAACACCUAAACCAACAACUCCUGAACCUACAACUCCCGAACCCACAACUCCCGAACCAACAACUCCAUCACCAACAACUCCAGAACCCACAACUCCAGCACCAACAACUCCCGAACCUACAACUCCCGAACCUACAACUCCAGAACCUACAACUCCUGAACCCACUACUCCCGAACCCACAACUCCUGAACCCACUACUCCAGAACCAACAACACCCGAAGCAACUACUCCCGAACCCACAACUCCUGAACCCACAACUCCUGAACCUACAACUCCUGAACCCACAACUCCAGAACCAACAACUCCCGAAGCGGUUACCGUUACAUCUCCCGCACCAAGCUCUUCGGCAUUCACCACCGAUCCAACAUCCCAUGAUUCCCUAUUUGAUCUAACAUCAACACAUGUUACAUCUCCCGAACCAAGUUCUUCAGCAUUUACCACCGAUCCAACAUCCCAUGAUUCCCUAUUUGAUAUAACAACACCACAACCUAGUUUUGCUGUGGGUGCAUUAAAUGAAAUUUAUACAACACCAGCUCCAGAAUUUGACCCAUCUUCGGUAUAUGAACCAUCAGCAUUAUUGUUUGCCCAAUUUCUCAAUUCUCUUCGUGGUGCUUCUCUUGGUAAUUUACCACCUGGUGCUGUACUCUCCUACAGAAAUAAUGUCGGUAAUGAUUAUGGCAUCUAUGCUGAAGGAAAUGUCUUCAAUAAUGUACCAUGUUAA